AUGGCCAAAAGAUUUAAAAAUCGAGUCAUCUUGCUGGCCAACGUGGCGUCGCUCUGAGGCACCACCACUCGCGACUUCUUGCAGUUUAAUGAGCUGCAGAAGCGCUAUGGGUCCCAGGGGCUGCAGGUCCUUGGAUUCCCUUGCAACCAGUUUGGGCAUCAGGAAAAUUGUACGAAUGAGGAGAUCCUGCUGUCACUGCAGUAUGUUCGUCCCGGCAAUGGGUACAAGCCAAAUUUCAUCAUGUUUGAGAAGUGCGAGGUGAACGGGAAGAAUGCACACCCCCUCUUCACCUUACUAAAAGAAGCGCUGCCCUUUCCGCAUGACGACCCCUCCUCGCUGAUGACCAACCCGCAGUAUAUCAUCUGGUCGCCAGUCUGCCGCAACGACAUCUCCUGGAACUUUGAGAAGUUCCUCAUUGGCCCUGAUGGUGUGCCCUUCAAACGCUACAGCCGGCAUUUCGAAACCAUAAAGAUCCAGGAUGAUAUUGAAUUACUUCUGCAGAAGGUUCCUGAGAAAGUUCACGAAUAA